CAUGUCGUUCAAUCGGUAUAAAUACAUAUCAACGAGAGUUUCCUCUUGCAGUUUAAUAGGACUUAUAUUUAUUCAAUCUCUCCAGGUGGGUGAUAAGGUAUACUGCACUCUAAUCACACCGGAGAGCUUACCUCGAGAAAUAUUUGCAGAUAGUAGUUUUUGAUCAGCAGAGUCAAAAGUUCUUAUUUUCCUUGUCGUGCAAGUUGUUCUGCAUUUAUUUGUGCAGCCAUGAUUCUCCGAAUUUUUGAUUUAAUAUUGCUAGUGGGCUUUUUUGGUACGCUACCACUCAUGGUUGUUUUCCAAUCAAAUCUUAACUAUUAUUGGGAACUUAUGGCGAAUCAGUUUAGAAAUGACGAGUCUAGCGAGCUUUAUGACUUCAUUGUUGUCGGUUCGGGUUCCGCUGGUGCUGUGAUAGCCAAUAGAUUAUCCAAAAACAACAAAGUUUUGUUACUCGAAGCUGGAGGCGACCCGUUGUAUUACAACUCGAUACCCGGACUCGCCCUGGACAUGCUACACAGGCCGGAAGUGGAUUGGAUGCAUCGGACCGUUGAACAAAAGUUUUCAAGCCAAGGGCUGAAGGAUAAAGUAAGUUUGUGGCCGAGAGGAAAGGUUCUUGGGGGGACUUCAAAUCUGAAUUACAUGUUGUACGUGAGGGCAAGCCCCAUCGAUUACGACAAGUGGGCGAACAUCACGGGAGAUGCAGAGUGGAAAUAUGACAAUUUGCUACCUUACUUUAAAAGGGUGCUAGAUUACAAUGGAAAAUUCAAAGAUAAUGAGAAACAUUACGGACAGAGUGCAUAUGGAAAACUGCAUGUGGAAUCUAGAGACUAUGGACCGCUACACUCAUACUUUGUGGAUGCUGGGAAGGAGUUAAAAAUGCAUGAACUAGAUUUAAAUGCCCCACAAAGAACAGGAAUCGCGCGGCUGGAAGUCACUCAAAAGAAAGGAAUGCGAUUUGGAACAUUUUUUGCAUUCCUUAAAGAUAUUCAAGACAGGAAAAAUUUGCGAAUUUCUCGAUAUUCGCAAGCAUUAAAGAUCAAACUGGACAAAAAUAAUCGAGCUGUCGGGGUAUGGUAUAUGCUCAACGGGAAAAAGAAAUUUGCUCGUGCCUCCAAAGAAGUCAUUGUUAGUUGUGGAACAGUGGAUUCGCCCAAACUAUUAAUGCUUUCCGGGAUUGGGCCUAAAUCGCACCUAAAUUCAAAAAAGAUUAAACCAAGAGUGGAUCUUCCAGUGGGAAAAGGCCUGUAUGACCACAUCGCAAUGCCUAUAAUGCCAAUUACCAUUGAUCAACCCGUUUCUCUUAUCCCUGAGAGAGAUCUGGGAAUUCACACGUUCGUGGAUUAUUUCGCGAACGGAAAAGGUCCACUUACUGUUCCCACUGGCUUCCACAGUCAUUCCUUCUUUUGCUCCUCUGUUUCGGACUGCAAAAAUGGGAGAGAUUGGCCCGAUAUUCAAAUGUACAUGAGCUCUAUAGGAAUCUAUGAAAAUUUUCCUCGCGAUUUGUCUCGUGGCUUUGGCGUCGAGAUCGACCAAAUCACAAGUCACUUAGACCAAGCUCAUGGAAAAGAUGGCAUAAUCUUCAUGCCCACCUUAUUGCUUCCCAAAAGUUUGGGAGAAAUUACUCUUCGUGAUAACAAUCCAAUGACUCCACCCCUUAUCGACCCACAUUAUUUGGAACAUCCAGAUGAUGUUAAAGCAUUGGUUGACGGUUGUAAAAUGGCUGUAAAAUUUGUCGAAGAAACUAAAUCUUUCAAGCGCUUAAACGCCAAGUUGGGUACUAAACCGUAUCCACACUGUGAUACCCACAAAUUUAAAAGUGAUGCUUAUUGGGAAUGUUAUAUAAGGAAAUGGGCCUUCACUUUAUACCACCCGGUGGGGACGUGUCGAAUGGGAAAAGGUGUUCAAGACAAACAGGCUGUGGUUGAUUCCAAGUUGAGAGUUUUGAAAACUUAUGCCCUUCGCGUGGCGGACGCUAGUAUCAUGCCUCAAAUACCAAGUGGGAAUACCAACGCACCUUCCAUAAUGGUUGGGGAGAAGGCGGCCGAUAUUAUCAGAGAAUAUUGGUCGCAACAAUUCCAGGUUUGUGACCAAGUUGAGGAAAGGCUGAAAGGAAUCGACAAGGUGUCAAAACGAUGUUAUUACUCGAAACUUCCUUGAGAUUUAUUUCGUACAAAGUUCAUGCGAUAAUAAUAAGCACGUAGAUAGAUAUAUUUGAACUGAUUAUAAUUUAUCUGCCUAUAAAACUCUGUAGAAUUCUACAGCGGUUUCAGUAAUGCUACAAUAAUAAUGAGCCAUGGUACAUAGUUAUAAUCUAUUUUAAUAAAAGUUUAGUCCUUCGAAUUAAGGUAAUCUCAUGUCUAAAGAAAUUACAAGUCUCAUUAUGCAAGAGUCAUCGUUUGGUAGGUUUAUUUAAUUGAGAAUAUCGGAAGUCAAAUGUGAUUAAAGACUAAGGAUUAAAUAAAUUAGUUACAAAGUGAUAAUAAACGA